AUGACUUCGUUCGGAGCAUCAGCUGUGCUCCUCUUAGCCGCCAUCGAAUCGCCACUAGCUCAGCCCCGCAACUUCAUUCUGGGCCAUUUUGUAUCUGCUUUAAUCGGCACGGCGAUCACGAGGCUUUGGACGAUGAACCCACAGUAUCAAGGAUUCCUCGAUAACACGAGCUUUCACGGCAACACAUUCGUGAAUGGAGCCCUUUGUAUGGCCACAGCAGCCCUGGGGCAGUUGGCUAUCGGUGCAGUCCACCCACCAGCCGGCGCGAUUGGUCUUAACGCGGCAGUUCAAGUGGAAAUAGUCGCCCUCUCGUGGCUUUAUCUUCCUACCGUUCUGGCUUCAUCGUUGAUCAUGCUCGGCUGGACCCUUAUUAUCAACAAUCUGGGUCGUCGCCGAUACCCAUUGUAUUGGUGGGCUCCGGGUCAAACGUUUGUCUCGGCGAAAAAGAUCGAACGUAGGAGGACGUUGCUCCGCGCGCUUCGCGAAGCGGAGGCUGGGCUCUCAGUGGCGGAAGGCGGUGUCUUCGAAAGGGAAAAUGGGGCGCCUGCCAACGGAGAGGCCGAAUAG